ACGUUCUCUGUAGUUCGUCAUCGUCGAAGUUGGAAAAUGUGAACUCAUAUUUAUUGUGGGCAAUUUCUUAAAAUUAUUAUCCAAAAGAUUUGUAAAUUCGCGAAGAAGGUCUUCAAACUUCGAGUGGUAUCAAACUAUUUUCUUGACAGUUACCGUAUGGUCGGUCAUGGCCAGUGAAAACAUAAUGGACGAAUUGGCAUCAUUGAUACGUACGGAAAUUCCGGAUGGCAGACAAAGUUUGCGUGAUAGCUAUACGAAUUUGGAACGUGUGGCAGAUUAUUGUGAGGACACUUACUAUCGUGAGGAGAACAAAAAAGCAGCACUUGAGGCUACCAAAAACUACACUACACAGUCAUUAGCUAGUGUGGCAUAUCAAAUCAAUACCCUCGCAUACAGCUAUAUGCAGCUGUUAGAGCUGCAAUCACAACAAUUAUGUGAAAUGGAAUCGCAAAUGAAUCAUAUUGCACAAACGGUGCAGAUCCACAAAGAAAAAGUGGCACGUCGUGAAAUUGGCGUGCUAACAGCUAACAAAGUUAGCUCCCGUCAAUUUAAAAUCGUCGCGCCUAUUAAUCCAGAGAAACCAAUAAAGUAUGUACGCAAACCCAUUGACUAUUCGAUACUGGAUGAUAUUGGACACGGAGUUAAUUCAUCGCAAACCCGUCAGCAAAAGCAUCGUGGUUCCAGUCACGGAUCCAUACAAUCGCUGGCAACAUCCUCGCUGGCGCCUUCUGUCGGCCCGCCACCGACUACAAAACCACCGACACCACCGCAAAUGACGCGUGGUAACACUGGUACAUUGGGCAAGUCUUCGAUGAGUAAUACUGGUACGCUGGGCAAGAGCUCGCGAGAAUAUCGCACUCCACCAGUUGUCAAUCCGCCGCAAGUGCCUUCGCACUAUGCGCCUAACUAUCCAAUUGGACAUCCGAAACGUAUGUCGUCUGCUUCAUCAAGCACAACUGUCACUGGAAUUAGUAACACCGGUAUUGGUGGACCUGGUAGUACUGCGGGUGCUCCAACUGGUGGCAGUGAACGGGAACGUGGUGGUGGCUACAGUGCGUUGCCAAUGCCGCCUAGUCAGCAAAUAGCAACACAUGUCAAUUUACCAUCAGCGGGUAUGAUGCAAUCAUUGCCUCCACCGCCUCCUACAACAUACGAUGAUCGAAGCAGUAUGCCGCCACCACCAUCGCCACUUACUGUUUCGCAACACGAAAUUAGCGAACAAAGUCACAUUGGUAUGCAUACAUUGGGUAGGAAUCACAACAGAAACAAUUUUAGUUUGAAUUUCGCACGACCUGGCUCGCAAUCGCCCCCUUUACCACCUCCACCACCACCGGAGGAGGAGCAUCAAGACUUUGGGCGUCCACGUACAUCAACGGGUCAAGGCCAAUUGGCACCUAUCGUCCCAGAGGAUCAGAACUUACCUGGGUGGGUUCCAAAGAAUUACAUCGAAAAAGUUGUCGCAAUUUAUGAUUACUAUGCCGAUAAAGAUGAUGAAUUGAGUUUUCAGGAAAGCUCUGUAUUGUAUGUGCUAAAAAAGAAUGAUGACGGUUGGUGGGAAGGUGUUAUGGAUGGUGUGACCGGUCUAUUUCCAGGCAAUUACGUUGAGCCGUGUGUGUAAGCGGAAGAAGCGUGUCGAAAGCACUUAGUGUUUUUUAAGUGGGUUUAAAGGAAGGUGAACACAAGAAAUUCCACGCAAGUGCAUAUGUACACUGCCCAACUGAAAUGCUAUGCCGCAAAAUGGAAUAUAAAGUAUUUCUAUCCUUUAUAGCAAGACAUAUUAAAACUGAUAAUUAGAUAACUGUUUGAGAACGUUAAAAAAUUCCAUUUUCAAUUUCAAUAGCAUUAAAAAAUCCGCGUUUAUAAGAGUAGCUCUUGUAGUUUAAAAUUAUUAAAUAAGCACAAAAUGAGUGAAAAAAAACGGUAAAUGUAUUGCCUUUUUGAUCAGAAAUAAAUGUGUAUACAAUACAAAAAGGCUCGAAUAUAAGCGAUCUGUAUCACAGUUGAAACAAAAAACAAAAAAUAGACGCAAGGCAAAUAUUAAACAAA